GGCGGCGGCGGCGGCGGCGGGAGCAGGAGGAGGCCGUCGGGGCAGUGCUGGAGUGAGCAUGGUGUCCUGGCGGCGGAGGCCGGGGCCCGGCCUGGCGCGGCUGUGGGGCUUGUGCUGCCUGGUGCUGGGCUGCUGGCCGAGUGCGCUGGGCUGCCCCGCGUCCUGCGGGUGCAGCUCCUGGCGGAUCUGGUGCACGGGAUCGUCGCCGGGCAUCGCCUCCUUCCCCGUGCCGCAGAGGAGUGCCGAGGGCGACAAUGUUACCGAAAUUUACAUCGCAAACCAGCCAAAUUUGGAAAGUAUCAAUGACAAUGAGGUUGGAUUUUAUGUUGGACUUAAAAAUCUGACUGUGGUGGAUUCAGGCCUAAGAUUCGUGUCCCGUCAUGCAUUUGUGAAAAAUGUGAACCUACAAUACAUCAAUUUAUCCAGAAACAAGCUCUCGAGUUUGUCCAAGAAGCCUUUUCGCCAUCUGGGUUUGUCUGAUCUGAUAUUGGUGGAUAAUCCAUUCAAGUGUUCCUGUGAAAUCAUGUGGAUCAAGAAAUUUCAAGAGACCAAGUUUUACACAGAAACUCAGGACUUAUAUUGCAUAGAUGACAACAACAAGAAGACAGCCUUGCUGGAUAUGAAGGUCCCGAACUGCGACUUGCCCUCUGCAAACUUAAGCAAUUACAACAUCACCGUGGUGGAAGGAAAGAGCAUCACUCUGUACUGUGAUACUACCGGCGGGCCACCCCCAAACGUGUCCUGGGUGGUGACUAAUCUUGUUUCAAACCAUGAGAGUGACACAAAUAAGAACCCCGCCUCUCUCACCAUCAAGAAUGUCUCAUCAAUGGACAGUGGACUGGAGAUUUCCUGUGUAGCAGAGAACAUUGUGGGAGAGGACCAAGCCUCUGCUGAGCUUACGGUAUUCUUUGCACCAAAUAUCACAUUCAUUGAGUCUCCGACUCCGGACCACCACUGGUGUAUUCCAUUCACUGUGAAAGGGAACCCUAAGCCCACAUUGCAGUGGUUCUACGAAGGAGCUGUGCUGAAUGAGUCUGAAUACAUCUGUACUAAAAUACAUGUUAUCAAUCAAAGUGAAUACCAUGGCUGCCUUCAGCUGGACAAUCCUACACACCUGAAUAAUGGUGCUUAUACCUUACUGGCAAAGAACGAUUAUGGAGAGGAUGAAAAACGGGUUGAUGCUCAUUUCAUGUCAGUGCCUGGAGAUGGUAAUGGCCCAAUUUUGGAUCCAGACGUUUAUGAGUAUGAAACCACACCUAAUGAUCUUGGAGAUGCCACAAAUAACAGUAAUCAAAUCACUUCAACGGAUGUUUCCAACAAAGAGAAUGAAGAUAGCAUCACUGUGUACGUUGUGGUGGGAAUUGCAGCACUAGUGUGCACGGGCUUAGUGAUAACCCUCAUUAUUCUGAAGUUUGGAAGACAUUCUAAGUUUGGGAUGAAAGUUCAUGGUGAAGUAAAAGGAGUUGGUCUGGUAGAUCAAAUAUGGCUUUCAUUGCAAGACUGCGACAAUGAAGGUCCUUCUUCAGUCAUUAGCAAUGACGACGAUUCAGCCAGUCCCCUCCACCACAUCUCAAAUGGCAGUAACACUCCAUCUUCUUCUGAGGGGGGUCCUGAUGCAGUCAUCAUUGGGAUGACAAAGAUUCCUGUCAUUGAAAAUCCGCAGUAUUUUGGAAUUACCAACAGUCAGCUCAAGCCAGAUACCUUUGUGCAUCACAUCAAGCGCCACAAUAUUGUUCUUAAAAGAGAACUGGGAGAAGGAGCCUUUGGGAAAGUCUUUCUGGCAGAAUGCUAUAACCUGUGUCCUGAGCAGGGCAAGAUCUUGGUGGCAGUGAAGACGCUGAAGGAUGCCAGUGAUAAUGCCCGCAAGGACUUCCACCGUGAGGCAGAACUGCUGACUAACCUGCAACAUGAGCACAUUGUCAAAUUCUAUGGUGUCUGUGUUGAGGGUGAUCCACUCAUCAUGGUCUUUGAGUAUAUGAAGCACGGAGAUCUUAACAAAUUCCUCAGGGCACAUGGACCAGAUGCAGGACUGAUGGCAGAAGGCAACCGUCCUGCUGAGCUGACCCAAUCCCAGAUGCUUCACAUUGCCCAGCAGAUUGCUUCUGGUAUGGUUUACCUGGCAUCACAGCACUUUGUGCAUCGGGAUCUUGCUACCCGGAAUUGUCUGGUUGGUGAAAACCUACUGGUGAAGAUUGGGGAUUUUGGGAUGUCUAGAGAUGUGUACAGCACAGACUACUAUCGGGUUGGGGGUCACACCAUGCUGCCCAUUCGUUGGAUGCCUCCAGAGAGUAUAAUGUACAGGAAGUUCACCACAGAAAGUGAUGUCUGGAGCCUGGGGGUUGUAUUAUGGGAAAUCUUUACUUAUGGCAAACAGCCAUGGUAUCAGCUCUCAAACAAUGAGGUGAUUGAGUGCAUCACUCAGGGCCGAGUCCUGCAGCGACCUCGCACAUGCCCGAAGGAAGUGUAUGACUUGAUGCUGGGCUGUUGGCAACGGGAGCCUCACAUGAGGCUCAACAUCAAAGAAAUCCACUCCCUCCUUCAGAACUUGGCCAAGGCAUCUCCAGUCUACUUGGAUAUUUUAGGCUAAAGUCUCCUAGCAUUUCUUCUACUGGGCUGCGGGAAUGAAUGUGUUCAACUGCCGCUGAACUACAUUAAAAUGUGUUCUUAACUUUGACAGUAUUAAUGACAAAGUUGAGGAGAAGCUUUCAAAGGGCAAGCAAUGUGCGCUUCUCCAUCUGUAGACACAGUAUUGACUUUUUAGACAUUACCAAGACAUAUCUUCUCUCUUUCUCUCAGUUUCUAUCUUUUUUUUUCCUUCUCUCCUGUCUUUCUAAUCAAUUUGGCUUCUGCAUUAUUGUAACUCUGCAUAGACAAAGGCCUUAAAAACCCAAUCUGUUAUAUCAGCAGACUCUUCAUUUUGCCCACCACAACUAACAAUGCCUUGUUGUAUUCAUGCCUUUGAUGUGGAUGAAAAAAAGGGAAAAAUAUAUUUGACUAAAACUUUGUGAUUUCUGCUGUAUAGCUGCUGGGAGUUUCUAUGGAUUCACCUCAUUUUUUUUGCUUCAGCCUGUGGGUGGAAAAAGAAGACUGGUGUUCUCUUCAUGAAGAAUGUUCUUUGCAGAGAUAAACCAGAUAGAAAGAAGACACUCUCGUGUGAUACACUGUCUGGAGGACCUUGGGAAAUCAGGUGGCAUCCAAACCUACAAGAAAACACUGAAGUGAUUUGAUGGAAGACAAGAAGGGGUCUAGCCAUUUCCCUGAAGAGUCUUUCUGAGGACUAAAGGGAUUGUUUAAGGAGGUGCUUUGCCAGCACCAUUCAUUGCCAGAAUCAAGUAAAACAAAAUAAGAUGCUGCCUGCACUGCACGCAAUUGUGUUACAACAUGAUAAAGUAAACACAUGCCCUUUUUUGUCUUCUAGUAGGAUAUUGACAUGCCACUGGUGUAAAAAUGUUCUCCAGCUAAUAUUUUUUAGUAAAGGCUGAAGCUAGAUUUAGUUACAUAUGAUAUUGAUUUCAAGAUUACAUGUUGGAACUAAGGAUUUUGAUAGGACGAACUAUAAAUGCUGAGGCAGGUGUAUCUUAUGCUGUGCUUGUCCAGCAGCAUAUUCCUUCCUUCCUCAAUCCUUUCUUUUUUCUUUUUUUAACCGUGCAAGUAAAACUGUGCAUGGUCUUUGUCAAUUAAUGCCCUUUGUGCAGAAACAAUCACUCAUCUCGUAGUAGACCCUAGUAGACAUAGCAAACUCAUAAUGAUAUAACUUAUAUUUCAUUAGAAGGGGCUAAUGGAGGACAUUAGCCAUGUUAAAAUGCCUUUACAAUGUAUAGAUAUUAUAGGCUGAUAUAACAUGAAUAAUCUAAAGCACGGAGAUCACUGGUUAUGUUUGAGACAUAGCAGGGGAUAAAGAUCUCUAGAAAAAACAAAUUACUCUGUGGUUAUGGCUUGCUAUUCAGAGUGCAAAGAUUCUGACCUCAGCGUCAUUUUUGUAUUGGUACUAUUGCUGUCAUAACCAACAUACACACUUUAUUAAAUAAUUUAUUUUUGGUUGGAUUGGCAUUGUAUGUGUAUAACAUUUGCAUGGCCACUGUGUUGAUGACCGCUGCAUGGGCAUACAUGUUGUUUUUCAAACUAGAAGUUGACAAUUUGAAAUUUAGAGCUAGGAUUAUUUUUAAUAUGAAUUCUUACAAAUGAAAACCUACCUUAUCUAUUCCUCAAGACUUCUGCCUCCCUCUGUGAGGGGGCGUUAUUGCAAAAAAGUGAUCUUUCUUUCCAUUUUCUCUUUUUAUUAUUUCUUAUUGAUAUGAGCCAGAUCAAAAUAGUCCAUCUUCGUGUUGGGGAUAUUUUAUUUAAUAAAUUAAGCAUUUUAUUUUUGUAAGUGUUCCCAUAGCACAUUUAAUAUAUAAUUUGCUCGCAUGUAUUAUUUAUUGAGGCACUUUAAGUUUUUCCUUCAGAAGCUUUUAGAGCUAGCUUAUAAAAAUUCUGAACAUUUUCUGAAGAAAACAGUUCACUGGACACUGAUGAAGUUUUACCCUUCUCAAUGUCAUUGAAAAGGCAGCAUUACAAAUAAACAUGACAGUGUAACUAUAAAGCCAUACUCAGUAUUUCUUUAAUAAACUAGAUGUUAUUUCUUAACUGCUACUGAACUGGAAACACAUAAAAAGCCAGAGGAAGAUUCCUACAAAAUGGGCCUUAAGAUUUUAUCUAGACUGUCUUGGAAGUUCUCACAGAAAACUAGAAAAAGACUGAGCAUCCAGUGAAACCCAUUCUCUUGAGAAUAUGAAUGUUAUUUUUUAAAGGAAUUUGAAAUUGAUCUUCAAAUAACAGUGGUGGAAAAGAAAGAUUAUCAGAGUCCUCUUACUGUGCAGUGGGAAGAGGGUGCAGUUGGUGGAGGGGGCUGCUAAGUUUCUACCUGCAUAUUCUGUCUUAGUUUCUUCUGAGGUGAAGAAAAAGGCAUCUGUGAUUAUGCUUUUACUGUAAAAGAGUCUCCAGCCCAAAAGCAAGCAGGUGUGUUUUGCAAGCACUGAAAGAAUGUAUACCAAAAAUAACCACAAGACCCUGAAAAUGUACUUAGUGGCAUCUUCUUUUUGGUUUACUAGUGAGACUUUUAGAGUAAUUUCAGAGAAUAAGUAGUAUUAAAAUGCAUUGUGCAAUAACAUAGCAGUUUGUUAAAUUUCUAAAGGACCAAAUGUUCUACAGAGCCACCACUUAUAACCUUGACGUAUAUUGUUAGUGUUCUUGAUAGUGCAUAAAAUGUAUAAUCACAGUAGAAAAGCUGUAAACUGUAGCUAUACAUAGUUUGCAUUUGUUCAUGAAAAGAUGGGUAAGUGUAGCAGAGUGAGAAGAGAAGAGGAAGAAAUAUGUUCAAAUCACAAUGAAGGGUGAGUAUAUGUGUGUAUUCAUCAUGCUUGCACUGUCAGGUAAAUCGUGUACACUGAGUAAGUAUGACAAUCAGGCUUGUUUAAAAAGUCUUUCUGGACAUAGGGCUUUCUGCG